AAUCCCAAACCAACAAUGUAGCCCCUCGACCCCCAUCCCACCUAGCCUCUCCAAAUCAUCAUGUCCGCCGAUUUCUGGGCAGGCUAUGUAUCCGGCGCCGCUGGAAUAAUAAUUGGCAACCCACUUGACCUCAUAAAAACGCGACUCCAAGCCGGCAAGGCCGCCCAAACCCUCGAAGCUACAUCCCCCCUCCCUUCCCCAACAUCCUUCAAAGGGAACUUUGAAAAUGCCGGAUCCCUAGUGCGAGGCGCAACAGCACCGAUACUCACCUACGGCGCGCUCAAUGCCCUCCUCUUCGUAACAUAUAACCGCACACUCUCCCUACUCCACGAGAACCCCUCGUCGCCGACCAACUUUUCAAAGGUCUUUCUCGCUGGCGCAACGGGCGGUCUUGCGUCCUUUGUCGUCAGCGCGCCUACUGAGCUUGUAAAGUGUCGGGCGCAGGUCUCUACCCAUGCGGCAACAACGUCUUGGACUAUAGCGAGAGAUGUGUGGAGAUCGGAGGGAAUCAGGGGGUUAUACUAUGGUGGUGGUAUAACUAGUGUGAGGGAUGCGGUGGGCUAUGGAUUCUAUUUCUGGUCCUAUGAGCUGUCCAAACAGGCCUGGAGUUCGCCAAAUGACUCGGAUAGAGAAACGGCUAUGAAAGUGCUGUUGUGUGGUGGUCUGGCCGGGGUGAUUACCUGGGCCUCUAUCUUUCCGUUGGAUGUCAUCAAGACGAGGGUGCAGACUCAAAUUCUACACGCACCGGCAGCACAGAGUGAACAGGGCCUGCUAUUGCCAACAGAGACGCAAUGGAAGCGAUUGAGUUCAGUCGAAAUCGCAAGUUUAGCAUACCGGACAGAGGGUAUGGGCGUAUUCUUUAGAGGUCUUGGGAUAUGUAGUGUACGAGCUUUCGUUGUCAAUGCCGUACAAUGGGCCGUAUAUGAAUGGACGAUGAAGCUACUGCAGCAGCCAUAAAG